UUAAUUUAAAAGUAUAGAAAUUAUCGGGGGGUAAAUUUAAAGCAGCGUCGACCAUUUCAAUCCUUGUCAGAAGUUUCAGAAAAUUAGAUCCAACUCCCCUCUCUCAUUCCCUGCUCGAGAAUCCAAAUUGAAAGGAAUGGGAAUUCUGUGCAAGGUUGUUGACGCGCUGCUAUUGGUAGUGUUCGUGGUGAUAUUGUUGGCGGGGCCUUUAAUCGACGCCCAGAUGGUUUUGCCGGAGAGCAGCUUCCCGGACGUGCUCAUCCGUCUGAAGCAAUUCUACGCCAACGAGUACCAAGAUUAUUUGAUGGUGGAGAAGCCCCAUUUCUUCGUUGCCCUUGUCUGGUUGGAGCUUGUUUUCCAGUGGCCUCUCGUCGUGCUUAACAUUUAUGGGAUUUUGGCAUCCAAGCCUUGGUUCAACACCACUUGCCUCAUCUAUGGUGCCUCUGUUAUUACAGCCAUGGCUGCUUUACUAGGGGAGCUGCUGGGAUCUCAGAAAGCAUCAGAUAAAUUGUUGAUGAUGUACACCCCUUUCAUGGGAGUUGGUGUUUUAGCCUUGUUGCGAGGGCUGGUUCCACAAUCUGGCAGGGCUUCUUCAAGCAUCGGCAAAAGACCUGCACUGGCGAGGAAAAAGAGAGCUUGAGUUGAGGAUACGAAAGCAUCUUCUCGAUUUUUUGUAAUCGUUUCUUCUCAUAUUUAGAAUGUUUGUGUUUCAUCUGUAUGAUUAUUGCCUGAUUACGAGUGCUAAUGCAUUGGAGAGUGCUGUCUUUUGAGGCAGUUUCCAUACAGUUGUUUUUGUUCAUAACUUAUAAGCCAUUUCUGUCCAAGGUGGAAAUGAAAUUCCAUCUGAUUGCUCUUUGA